AUGGAUACAAAAAAGAGUCAUAUCCUCAUAAAGCCGGUGUCUGUUGAUGGAGAGGGCUCCAUCUCUAGUGCAACUUCUCCGCAGCCGAGCUGGUGGAAGAGGUUCCUGAGAAAAAUCGAGAUCGAUACAGGAUCUCGGGAACUUACUCGCUUAGAAAGGUUCCUCUACAACUAUGACUUGAGACCCGUCGAGGAAGAGCGUCGACAGUGGUCUUGGUAUAAUUAUGUUUUCUUCUGGGUUGCAGAUUCUUUUAAUGUCAACACCUGGCAAAUUGCAGCUACCGGCGUCGUUGCCGGAAUGACUUGGUGGCAGACUUGGAUUUCGGUUUGGCUCGGCUAUUUCAUUACGGGCUGCUUCGUCUCUCUUUCUGCUCGCCCGGGUAUAUUUAACCAUAUCUCGUUCCCAGUAUUUAUCAGGCAAUCUUUUGGAAUCUUUGGCUCACUCUGGCCAAUUUUGAAUCGUGUUGUAAUGUCGUGUGUAUGGUAUUCCGUCCAAGCUUGGAUUGGCGGCCAGUGCGUCCGAAUCAUGCUCGAGGCUAUUUUCGGAACAGAUCUCAACGAAAGAAUAGGAGGAGUUCUACCAGGUCAGCAUACAGAUAGCUUGGGUAUGCUAAGUUUCUUCUUAUUUUGGUUCGGAUCCCUCCCAUUUCUGUGGUUCCCACCCCACAAAGUUCGUCACCUUUUCACAGUCAAGUCAUACGUUAUUCCAUUUGCUGGUUUUGGGUUCAUGAUUUGGUCGCUCGUGAAAGCUCAUGGAGCUGGAUCAGUGAUAUAUGAGAAAUCAACUUUGAAAGGGAGCAAGCUUGGCUGGGCGUUCGUUUCGUCUACAAUGAACUGUCUGGCCAAUUUUGCCACUCUCAUUCUGAAUGCACCUGAUUUCUCCAGGUUUGCAAACAAACCAUCAAAGGCUAUCAAGUAUUGGGUCUAUAUUGGUUCAAUUCCUAUAUGCUUUUCUGUUACCUGCCUUAUUGGAAUUCUCGUCAGCUCUGCAUCAAAAACAUUGUACGGAGAGGCCCUUUGGAACCCGUUGGAGGUUUUAGAGAAGUUUCUCCAGACAUCUUGGACUUCUGGAACUAGAGCAGGUGCAUUUUUGAUAGCGUUUGCGUUCACUUUAGCUCAACUGGGUACUAAUAUUUCUGCGAAUUCUCUUUCAUUUGGUACGGAUGUAACAGCUAUGCUUCCAGGCUACAUUAACAUUCGUCGUGGAAGCUUUAUGUGUGCUGCCUUUGCAUAUUGUAUCUGCCCUUGGCAACUUAUGAGCUCCUCAUCAAAGUUCACCUCGGUUCUUUCAGCCUACUCCGUAUUCCUGUCAUCCAUUAUUGGUGUCGUGGCUUGCGAUUACUACAUUAUACGACGUGGUUACCUUGAUCUACACCACCUUUUCUCUUUGAACUUGCAAUUCGAAACUGAAGAAGUUGCUUCGUACUACAAGUACUUUAAAGGUGUGAACUGGAGAGCAUUCGUGGCCUACCUCUGUGGUAUGGCUCCAAAUAUGCCGGGCUUUGUAGGUGCCACUGGGCUUAAUGUUUCAGACGGCGCAACAAAGGUUUAUAUCUUGAGCUUCCCGGUAGGUUUCCUGGUGUCAGCUAGCAUUUACUAUCUUCUUGUUGUCUGGGUAAGUCCUCUCAAGGUAGGCAUCGCUCCUGAGGUCAAUCUCAAAGGAUGGCCGCAUAAGCAACCCUGGCUCGAGGAAUGGAAACAAGUUGAAGAUUUCGAGUCAGAACUUCUCGAUGAUGCUCCAGAGCUUCUUUUUGCAGUCAAGUCCGCCCAAACUGUUGCUGGCAAACCAUCGCACAACGAUAUUGGUAAUUUAGUUACACCGAUUACAAGCUUUGGUAUCAAAAGCUAA